GUUUGGAACGUAUUGACGUGAAGCUGUCUCCUGCGCCGGACGCAAGGAUGCCAUUGAUGAAAUCAAAAGGAGGACGACGGCGAGGGGACACGUGGGUGGUUUCAGUGUUCGUGAUAAUCCAAAUAGGAGUUUUCAUUGCAACCAUGCUCGUCAACGAUUGCUGGACCAAUUCUCACGGCGAUUGCCUUCUGCAAAACCUCGGAAGGUUCUCCUUCCAGCCUCUCCCCGAGAACCCACUCCUAGGUCCUUCUCAGUCCAAGUUAGAUGAAAUGGGAGCUCUUCGAUGGAUCCUUUUGACAGAGCAGCACCAAACUUGGCGUCUUUUCACGUUUCCAUUUUUGCAUGGUGGACUCUUUCACCUGCUUCUCAAUCUCUCGAGUAUCGUCUACGUGGGAGUUCGCCUAGAGCGUGAAUUUGGACCUAUAAGGAUUGGUAUAAUCUAUGCAUUGUCAGCUUUCGUGGGAAGCUUGGUGGCUUCUCUUUUUCUCCGAAACACCCCCGCUGUUGGUGCUUCCGGUCCUUUAUAUGGAUUACUGGGAACAUUGCUUUCCGAACUUGUUUGGAACUGGAAAUUUCAUACCAAUAAGAUUUCGGCAAUAGCAACAUUAGUCUUUGUCUUUGUGUGCAACUUCGUCCUUGGUUUUCUGCCUUAUGUAGACAAUUUUGCCAGCAUUGGAGGUUUUAUAUCAGGAUUCCUUCUUGGAUCUGUUUUUCUACUCAGCCCUCAGCUCCAACCAGUAGCUCCAAAUAAAGGUGGUCUUGUUGAGUAUGGUGUCAAAAGUUACAUCAACUUAAAGUUGAAGAAAAAGCUGGACAGACCGGUUCUCAGGAUUGUUUCUCUUAUCCUCUUCGGCCUAUUAUUGGCUGGUUGUCUUGUGGUAGUUCUUCAUGGAAUCAACAUCAACAGUUAUUGCACAUGGUGUCCAUAUGUGGACUGUAUCCCUUUUACAAGCUGGCACUGCAAAGACACAGAAGCCUCUUGUGAGACAAUGGUGAGCAAUGCUCAGCUGACAAUGACCUGUAUAGGGAAUGGCAACUUCAGGGUCUAUCCUUUUACCAACAUUUCUCGGGCAAGGAUGAAUGAUUUGUGCAAUCUGAUAUGCUGACGGGACAAGUUGUUUCAAUGAUUCUUUUAGCCCCGAAUUACCAGGAAAUUCUGGAUAGCUUAUAUCUUAACAAGUUGUCGUAUCCUUUUUCUAAAUGUAAAGAAAUAGAGUAUAAUUAGAAGCUCGAGGUGUUUGAUUUGGCCCAAAUUGAUGCAACAGUUUGCGGAGCAUGUCUUUGGUUGUAAAUACCACAAUAACACCUGGGUGUAAAAUUUGUAGUCCGUGGGCAAGAUGAAUUCUUUUCAUGCUGGAAAAAAAUUGGAGUUGUGAAAAAAAAAAUCAUUUCUUGAUUGCUGUUUUUAAUAAUCAGAGGGUUGGUUUUGCUCCUUUUCCUGUUAUUGGAAUAUAGUCAUU